AGAUGGUGGAGCAGCUUGCUGUAGUCGUGUGCUCAAAGAGCCAGACAAACUGUAACUUGAGAGGCUUAAACAAGGAACAUUCAGACUUGAUUAUUAGGGAUUGCCAGCUGCCAAGUACACGGUUUCACUCAUGCCGGAAUGAUUGCUGAAUAAUUCGUACCAUUUUGCUAACAGUGAGAGACAAACUCGGCGAGUGUUCACAGUUGUAAUGAACUCUGGUGUGAUUUUUUUACAUUUUUUUUUUUUGCUCAGUGCAGAUUAACCCUGAAACCUGAUAACAUGGUAGAAUGUCCACUGUAAUAACCGAUGUCCCGGAACGGGUUGAGCGCGAAUGCAAUCACCUGAACCCUGGUGUCGUACCAAGACUUCUUCAAAAGGUGAACCAACCAGCAGCGCUCUGGUGGAAGUUUGAAAUAUCGAUUCUCAUUUUUUGUCUCCACGGCGAAAAUGCCAGCAUGUCUGACAUACGUUUGUAACAAGACAUCUGGGAGAAGUUCUACAUGUACAUUUCACCGCUUGAGAGCGCACCUUGCCGUCGCCCCCGCGGAAGCCCUUUGCCAGCCGACACGCCGGCUUCCAAGAUGAGUGCCAAAGCCACCAUCAACAAGGAGGUCUUCGUACCCCACGACGAGAAGAUGUUGGCAGCCGUGCAGGUGAAGCGAAAGACCAAGAAGAAGAUUCCUUUCCUGGCGACUGGCGGUCAGGGAGACUACAUGACCUUCAUCUGCCUCUCAGUGACAAAUAAGAAGCCAGCCCACGUCUCCAUCACCAAAGUGAAACAGUUUCAAGGAUCGUCCGCCUUUGUCAAACGCUCCCAGUGGACUAUCGACCAACUACGGCAGGUCAACGGCAUUGACUCCAACAAAGACUCCCCCGAGUUUGACCUGACGUUCGAUAACGCCUUUGACCAGUGGGUCGCUGGUUCUGCGGGAGAGAAGUGCACCUUUGUCCAGAUUCUUCACCACACCUGCCAACGCUACAUCCCGAUGCGGAAACCAGAGUUUGUCAACUGUCAGUCCAAACUGCUGGGAGGCAACAGUAUCCUUCACUCGGCCGCGGACAGCGUGACCAGCGCCGUGCAGAAGGCCAGCCAGGCUCUGAACGAGCGAGGCGAGCGACUGGGCCGGGCUGAGGAGAGGACCGCCGACAUGAUGAACAGCGCCGAACAGUUUGCCGUCACUGCACACAAGCUUGCCAUGAAGCACAAGUGCUAAAACAACCACUGCCAAAACCAACUUGUCUCCGGGAGGGCACUGGAGGAGAUUCUCGCCGCUCGCCAAAACAGGAACUGCGGAUUUUUGUUGCGUCAUAUUUAAGUGUUGAAGAAGACGGAGAGAAGCGCUCAACGCGUUGACCUGAAAGCGAAUGACCCCCUUCUGUUCACGAGCUUCUCUCAUUUGCUCACUCGGAAAAAGUGACGACUGAAAGCCGAGGACUGUUUUCUAUGGCGGUUUUACAGUAUUUGUUAUUUAUGAGCGCUGCGGUGGGUGCUAGCCACGCGCGCGCAUGCGCACAGACGCAAACGGUUCCUUUUUAAAAGUUGACCCCGUCUCAAUGUUAAUAAUUCGAGGGGGGAAGCCGAAAUGAAUAAUCACCUCCAGGGUGUAAACUGUAAAGGGAUUUGCAUUUACAUUGCAUUUGCUCGCCCUAGAUUUGUGAUAAAUUAGCAAGUGUCCACCGGAGACCUCCUUAGGACUUCUUUGGGAUGCGGCACGCUUUAAAGUCGACUCUUGUUGUUCAUCAUUUCACAUCAUGCAAAUGGACAACAAUAAGAGUUGAAGGUUUACAAUUGUAGGGAACUGUUUUUCCCGAAAAAUGCGGUCUAACGAUGUCCAAAAUUUCAAGUUUGACAUUCCACUGUGCAUCAUUUCACAAACUACGAGAAAGACUGAAAAUAUUUUUUCCCGUUUGUAUUUUUAUUUUAUUUUUUACUGUGAGACCGUCCUGGCACUUGAAGAACAAGAUAUUCAGCUGUGUACUGGCAAUGGGAAUUUUUUUUAUUUUAUUUUACUUUUUGCGGGUAGCUCCAUGCGUGGCUUUCGCUUCUGCGUGAUGCAAAGCCCAUCGUGUCAAUCUUCUCUGGUCCGUGUUGUACACAUGACGCCAUUCAACGCUUUCUUUCUCACUUCAAAGUGCUCUGAGAUGGCUGCUUCUUCUGUAACGGUGUUCACUCAUCAAAACUUUCUUAAGGGAGGGAAAGAAGGCGAUUUCACUGAAUUCUGAUGUAUGUGAUUUCAAAUAUGUUUUGUAAUUGUCAUUUUAACAGUCAGCAGAAAUUGCUAGUGUGCUUUUUCGCUUCCUCCGUCUCGCGCCGCUCUUUUGAUGUUUGUUUUUAUAAUAAAAAGAACUAUGUGUCUAAGUCA